AUGACGAGCUCAUCCGGAUCAGAGAUGAUAGAGUUGAAAUCCAGCGCUUUGGGCCCUAGUUCAAAACAGCAGUCGGCGCCAUUGCUGUCGCUGUCGCUGCUGCUGCUGCUGCUGCAAGUACAUUUGGAGAAGAAACAAUACCGGAACAAGAAAAAUGGUGGUACAUCACAUAAUGCAAAUAAGGAGAGAAAGUAUGACCACAAGAACGAUAGCGAGUUGACUCAGCUAGAAUUGCAACUAAGACAAGGCAAAAAAGUCAACGGAAGCAGUCGAAGAAACCAAAUAUCCAUCAACCACUUGCUAGAUUUCCAAUCGUACGAGGACUCCGAUGAGUACAACCAAAAAAAACAAAAAAACCGAUCAAGAAGAGGAUCUAGUAAUCAAAAGCAACGCGUUUUGCCACCAAAAUUGCAAUUAACGGGAAUGAAAUUUAUAAACGUUAAUUUUAAGUUUGUUGUGGAUUCGAGACAGUCGUAUAGAAAGCAGGAAUUAGACCCAAAUAUACCGGUUGAUACUGAGAAUAUCAUAUCCAUUAUUGCUCCAAAGUCGAGCUGUCCAAUAUGUCUUUCGAGUGAUUUGGUUGCCCCGAGAAUGAUAAUUUCCUGUGGUCACAUUAUGUGCUUGAAAUGUGUCUUGUCAAUGUUGGAACACGAAGUCCCAAAGGCCAAGAAGAAGGAAUCUGCCGCUGUGAUUGAAAAGUAUAGGGAAUGUCCGCUUUGUUUUUCAAUUAUACGCAAAAGUGAGUUGAAACCCGUGAUUGUUGAUGAUGUUGAUGAACGCUUCGAAGUACCAAAGGUCCACGAUGAAGUGGUCUUGACGUUAAUGGCAAGGGAUCCGCAAAGGACGUUGUCCUUGCCUAAACUUUUGAGAGACACAACUCACAUUGAAGAUUUCCCCAACGCGCGAGAUGCAGAUCUCGCUCCAUACUCGAAGAUUUUUAAAGGCGAUUAUCAGUAUUUGGUGGAGUUGUAUGAAAAGGAAAAAGAGAAUAUUGUGGCUAGUCACAAAAAGGAAAUGUCUUUGUAUGGGGAUGAAACUGCAUUGGUACAACGAACAUUGACUCAUAUUGACAAUGAAAUUCUGUCUUGGACAAGUAAGUUUGCCACGCCACCUUCAAAAGACGCCAAGCCACAGAAGAACGAAAACAGCACACAUCACCAUCAUCAACACAAUCAACUGUUUUACUAUUAUGAAACUGGAUUUAGGGCCAGCUGUACAUAUGUUCUUUCCCCACUCGAUAUGAAAGUUUUGAAGCAUACUUAUGAGAGAUACGAGAACCUACCUUCGAGCGUAGUUGCGAAAAUUGAGAAUAUUAGGUACGAAGAAUUGACAAGUGCGACAUCCAUGACAAAGUACAAAUAUCUCAGUCAUUUGCCUGCAGGGACCCAAAUAGGAUUUCUUGAAUGUUUUUGGGAAAAUCAUCAGUGCGUCUCUCCCGAAACAUGGUCAACCUUUAAAGACGAUUUGGUCAAACGUACUCAGCAAUCGAGUAAGAAAUUUAGAAAAGAAGAGAGAGAUAAAAAGAGAGCGGAAAAUGAUGCAGAGACAGAAUUAAAGAAUUUUUACAAUGAUGCAAUGGGUUCUGAGAAGUUUGAGGCUAUGUCUAUUGCUGACAUCCCACUUCUACCGCGGUCAACCACCACCACCAACAACAACAACAACAACAACAACAACAAUGACGACGACACUGAAGCUGUUGAUCUCCAAACAACUGUGUGGGGAACAAAGAUUCCAAAGAGCAAUAUUAAUGAAAAUGUACCUUCUGGUGAAGAUUAUGACAACAACGACGAUUGGGGUAACGCUGAUGAGUUUAUUAGAGAAGCGAAAGAGAAAAUGAUGACUAUGGGGAGGAAAAAGAAAAACAAAAAGUUAGUGUUGUUAACUUUAUAA